ACUACAGGCGGGUGUUUUUAACAAUGCGGCUGCUCCGCGUUGUUUGAAAAUUUCAAGUUACGUUCACUUUUUACUGAAAAUUUAAAUGUUUAGAACCAAGUGCUUAUAAUACUAGAAAGUUUUUGUUUGCGAUCGCAAGAAGGGUCACAUUUAUAGAGUAUUAUAGUUAAUUCUACAUCUGUAAAAUAUACCGGUGAAACUGUGAUGGUUUUGAAAAAUAGGUUCUAAUACACAUUUUCUGUGUUAAACCUGUACUUUUAAAUAAUCUCUCCACUAUGAAUUCGCCACAAAAAGAUAUUGAACUGAGCCCAGUGAAAUCCGAGGUGAACCAGAUAAAACCUCAUGUGCCGACGGAAAAAUUAAAUGUACCUGUGAAUGAUGAAGAGGACGUGAUAAUCGGAAGAUUUCGAAAGAUUAGUUCUGCGAAGUCGAUGGCAGCAACUAAUGGCAAUAUUCAGUACCCUUCAGAGACUUCGAGAAAUGGUGACAUUGAAGCAGGGCUACAUUUUAAAAAAGAUAUCACAGAGCAAGACAAGCUUCUUUCCGAUGUGAUGACUGAAAGAACGGGUAUGCUACGUUCUGAUUCACCUGUCACGAAAAGCAGUUUUAGAGAUGUUGAAAAACCAUCACGGUUUAAGGAUCAUCCAUCAGCUACGAGGUUUCAGAUGGAAGAAGACAAAACGGAACAGGAUGGAUCAGAUGACUCCGAUGGCUCCGAUGGCUCCGGCAUGGACAGCGAUGAUCCACUCACUGUUCAGGAUACCAAAUAUGGAAAGAGCUUCAGGCACUUCACCCGGGAAGCGUUGCCGCGCCUGGACAACUACAGAAACGUACUGUCUCUACACGCUGCGCCGCGUCCCACGCUGGACGAACUCCACAACGCCACACUCUCUAGGAAGCCAGGCCAGGCCCUUGAGAAGGAUAUGGAGAAUCGAACAAUGCCCACUCCCAACGUGAAGUUUGGUUGGAUCAAGGGCGUUCUGAUGCGAUGCCUGCUCAACAUAUGGGGUGUGAUGCUGUUUCUACGGCUCUCGUGGGUCGUGGGGCAGGCGGGAGUUGUUCAAGCGAUAUUACUUAUCUUGACAACUUCGGUUGUCACCACCAUCACGGCACUUUCCAUGUCUGCCAUCAGUACUAAUGGUGUCAUAAAAGGGGGUGGCACAUACUAUAUGAUAUCCCGGUCGCUGGGCCCCGAGUUUGGCGGCUCCAUCGGUCUGAUCUUUGCGAUGGCAAACGCCGUAGCGUGCGCCAUGUACGUGGUGGGAUUUGGGGAAUCCCUCAUUACGCUCAUACCAGAGUCCGCUUAUAUGGUUGACAAAAGCUGGGACCAAGCAAUUUACGGUUGUAUAACGAUAGUGCUCCUGACCGGUAUUGUGAUGGUAGGAAUGGAGUGGGAGGCGAAAGCUCAAAUAGUUCUGUUGAUAAUUCUCUUGGCGGCCAUUGCGGACUUCCUCAUCGGAUCGUUUAUUGGUCCAAAGAGCGACCUAGAAGUUGCGCAAGGAUUCAUCGGCUAUAACUUAUCUGUGCUUCAGAAAAAUAUGGCGUCCGACUACAGGUACUUCGAAGGAGUUGAGCACAAUUUCUUCUCGGUUUUCUCUAUAUUUUUCCCCGCAGCCACUGGAAUAUUGGCUGGAGCCAAUAUAUCCGGUGACCUUAAGGACCCUCAGAAGUCCAUCCCGAAAGGCACCCUACUGGCUAUCCUGUUGACCACGCUAUCGUACAUGUUGAUAGCGGUGGUGGCGGGCUGGACGGUCCUGAGGGAUGCCUCGGGAGACGUGGCCGCACUGCAGGACUGGAGCCUCGCCAGCUGCGCGGCCAACAGGAGCUGCCCGUAUGGACUGCACAACAGCAACGACGUAAUCAGGCUGGUGUCGGGGUGGGGUCCGCUAAUCUAUGGCGGCUGUUUCGCUGCUACACUAUCUUCCGCACUGGCUUCGCUUGUUUCCGCGCCUAAAGUUUUUCAAGCUUUAUGCCAGGAUAAGUUGUACCCGUAUCUGGAGUUCUUCGCGAAGGGCUACGGCAGCAACAACGAGCCUGUCCGGGGAUACGUGCUCACGUUCAUCAUCGCAACCGCUUUCAUUCUUAUGGGUGGUUUGAACCAGAUAGCGCCGCUGAUCUCCAACUUCUUCUUGGCCGCGUACGCUCUGAUCAACUUUUCCACAUUCCACGCUAGUCUCGCAAAACCGGUCGGAUGGCGGCCAACAUUCAGGCUGUACAACAAGUGGCUGUCGCUGGUGGGCGCGGCGCUGUGCGUGGCGAUCAUGUUCGUGGUGUCGUGGGGCACUGCACUGCUCACCUUCGCCUUCCUGCUGGCGCUCUACCUGCUCGUCUCGCACAGGAAACCAGAUGUGAACUGGGGAUCAACUACUCAAGCACAGACCUACAAGAACGCGCUGUCUGCAGCACACCAGCUUAACAGGAUCACUGAACAUGUCAAGAAUUACAGGCCACAGAUAUUGGUGCUGACAGGAUUUCCCGGUGAAAGACCGAUACUGAGCGACUUGGCGUAUCUCUUGACCAAAGGAUUGUCGCUUAUGCUUUGCGGUCAUAUUGUACAGGGUCAGAUAAACCACCGCACUCGCGAGGCGUUAACCAACCGCGCCUAUCACUGGUUUGUGAAGCGGAAAAUAAAAGCUUUCUACAGCAUCGUUGACGACGUUUCCUUCAAAGAUGGCGCUAGUGCUCUCAUACAGGCAAGCGGACUGGGCAAAUUGAAACCAAACAUUCUGAUGAUGGGCUUCAAAGAGGACUGGCAGACUUGCGACCGCUCUGAAAUUGUCGACUAUGUGGAGGUCAUGCACAAAGCCCUCGACGUACAUAUGGCCCUCGCUCUGCUGCGAGUGGAGGGAGGAUUGUACAAUGAUGAUGCUUUGGAUGAAGAUCUUCGCGCUUGCUUGAAGGAUUUGAACCUUACCGACGCCGGUGCUUUCUCACAUUCGAUGGGCGACAGCUACAAGGGGUCCAAGUCAACGGAGAGCCUCAACACACAUUCACGAGGUAGCAGCAUAUCGGAUCUGUCUUUGGGUGUGUCGAAGGACCCGGCGGCUAACCCUGACGCGGCACAGGAAAAGAAAGACACCGGCAAAAGCGGUCGUAACUGGCGACGAGCGGUGGGCGCUGCCAGACGCGCGUCGUCGUUCAGUUCCGUGGAGCAGUUCACGCGCAAGCACGCCGGCACCGUCGACGUCUGGUGGCUCUACGACGACGGAGGACUGACUCUCCUUCUACCGUACAUCCUGUCGAUUCGACGUGCGUGGUCUUCCUGUCCUCUGAGGGUGUUCACUCUCGCCAACAAGACUACAGAACUGGAAAUAGAAGAGAGGAAUAUGGCGUCACUCCUAUCCAAGUUCCGAAUAGACUACUCGGCUUUGAAGAUGGUGCCCGACGUAAACAAGAAACCGCGGGAUUCCACGCUGGCGUACUUUGACAAACUCAUCGCGCCCUUCAAAACCACCGAUGACAACGCGGACAACACGGGCAUCACGGAGGCGGACCUGGUGGCGGCGCGCGAGCGCACGUGGCGGCACCUGCGGCUGCGCGAGCUGAUCGGCGCGCAGUCGGCGGGCGCGCGCCUGGUGUGCGUGACGCAGCCCAUGCCGCGGCGCCGCGCCGUGGUGCCGCCCGCGCUCUACGUGGCCUGGCUGGCCGCGCUCGCCUCCGCCGCGCACCGCGUGCUGCUCGUGCGCGGCAACCACGCCGCCGUGCUCACCUUCUACUCCUAACCCAGCCCUGCGUGCCAUGCCCCGUGCCUCGUGCCUCAUGCCUGCCUAUCCACUGAAUGAACCAGAUAAAAAAAACCUCGGAGUCCUACUUACAUCUGACAUCUGAUACCCGAGCAGACAGUAAGCUAGUAUGGCUUUUCGAUCUGAAAAAUUUAGGAAGUUAUGUAAUCGUCGCUCUCUUUCCGAAAUGUUGUAUCAAUAUUAUCAGAAGACAGUUUUAUUUCAACAAUUGUAUAAAAUAUUUUAUUUUUUAACUUAAACUAUUUAGGACUUUAAAGUUUUGAAGAAAAUAAAAUGCGUUUUAUUAGAACAUAAAUCGUAAAAUUAUUAGUGUGUGACAAUGUCUUAUAUUUAAACAUAAAAAUCGUAUUUAAACAGAUCUAAAUAGGUAUGCUGCAAUCUAUCGAUACUGAAAUCCUUAAACAAACAUUCCCCGCAUGGCAUUUGUGAAGUGCGUGUAGGCCCAUUCUAUAAGUGUAUAACUUAAUGUUUAAAAUGGACAGUGUGAUUGUACGGUGAUAAUUUUCUGUCAAGACUUGCUGACAAUUUUAUUAUAAUUGCUAACUAAAAAAAUUUAAUUUCUUACAUUUAUGUGAAUACUACACCUUGAAUGAAACUUUGUUGUAGGGCUUUUAUCGCAUUUUACUCUAAAUUAUUUUCAGUCUACUACUUUUAAAAAGGCCGACAACGCAUUUGCAAUUCCUCUGGUAUUGCAGUAGUUCAUGGGCGGCCGUAGUCACUUACAAUCAGGUGAAUCGAAUGCCCAUUUACCUCAUAAAAAUAAAAAUAAAAAAUCUCCUUGUGAUCAUGAAUGAUGCAAAACACUUGAAACGUCGGGUUAAAAUAAGUAAAGUAGUAAGUAAAAGAAAAUUGAACGCAAUAAAAUCCGUAAACUCAGUUUAAUUCAAAGAAAUAAAGAUAUCAAAUAUGCAUAGCGUAGUGCCAUUGUAAUUUUGAGUGCUCUCUGUUGUAAUUUACACUUAGAUGACUAUCGAUGUUCGAUAUAAAGUAUUUAGUGUAUGUAGUAAAUUCCUAUUCUCGAAUAUUUUUUAAUGUACUGAAAAUUAAGUGCCUCAUUUUGUACGAAAAUUAUUUAAAUUUACAUUUUAUGUGUAUUUUAAGGUUUUUAUACGAUCAAUAUUACGCCAAUUUUUAAACAAUUUCAAUGAGACUUAUAUUGAGAAGUACGAUCAGCAAAAAUAUUUUGUAUGCAUUAUAAUAGUUGUAUUGUAUCAAAUAAUUUUUUGUAAUUUAAAUUAUAAGACAACUUUAAGCCUGACAUUUUUUUGUGCUCAGGAAAUUAAAAAAACAUAAUUUGUCAUUAUAGUAUGUACAUUAUAUUACACUAUUAUAUAAACCUGUCAAAAAAAGACGGCGUCUUAAAUUACGGCGGUUCAUUAAAAUUAUGUAACGCAAUAUCUCCUACGUUAGUUUCACACACAUGAUAUAACACAUCAAACAAUAUUAAAAAAACUAUAAUAAAGAAAAACUAAAAACUUAAAUUAUCAUAUAGUCACAACAUAUUAUGAUAUAUGCAUACAUAUAAUAAAGGUUCAUGAACUUUUCGAGUUUUAUGAAUAUAAGUGUGAUUCUAUUUGAAAUCAAUUAGAUCUUAGUACAUAUUAUAAAACUUAAAUUAUUAUUUUAGGAACUCUUUAAUAAUAUUAAAAAUUACUCAAAAUGAUAGCUAGUAAUGAUAAUGAUAAAUACUACCAGUGAUUUGGUCAGUGCGUGUGUGUAUUUUUAUAAGUGACAUUUUAACAUUUACAAUUAUCAUGUAAGUGUUUACUAAAUUUUGUACCUAUUGGAUUUUGCAAAUGUUUACUUUUUUACAAAUUGAUUGAAUCUUAGAUAUUUUGUGUGUGACUAUGUGUGUUUGUGAAUUUGUAUAUUUUGGUUCUUCUAAUAUGUGUAUACAGUUAGUAUAGUUGUGUCCGUUAAUGCAGUGACGUGAAGUAAAUUGAUACGUAAUAAAUUAUGCAUAUUGUAAAAGCGUUAGACCUAACCGAAUCUUAUUUUCAUUUCUAACGUUUAUAUUCGUGCAGUAUGCGUAUAUUUCCUAUUUCUGUUAUGCUUAUGUUCCGGUAUGUUGUAUGUUGUUUUACCAUAGGUGCAAAUUGUAACUAACCUAGCUGUUGUAUAAUCAUUAGUAAUAAUAUAAGCUAACCCGCGUUCUUUUGCUGACUGUACCUGAUGUAAUCAACCAGAAUCUACGUGUUAUUUAUUUAUUUAUUUAUUUCUACUUUUGUUAGUGUGCGUGUUUUGUAUGUGUCCGAGUCUUAAGACAAUUAAAAUAUGUAAUUCAAUGAAAUAAACCUUUUUGGCGAG